AUGGACCAUCUCCGGCCAAGUCACGGAGCCCACCGGUCGUCCUCCGAUCGCCUGCUUAGCAACUAUCUUGAGUCACAGAAGCUGUUUACGACCUCGCUUCUCGCAUUACUCUCCCAGUCGCACUCUUCCACUUCCUCCCUCCUUGCCUAUGUGACUUCCUCUCCAGGCGUGCUUCUCUCGGUUCGCCGCGCGGUCAGGCACUCGGCAUUCGAGGGCCCGCUGUCCCCAUCCAUGCUCGAGAACCCAGAAGCACACAUGCUGGGCGUAGAACAUGAACCACCAACUCCCGGUUGGGCGGGUUACAUCCGCGUCCUCGACGACUUCCGCAAAGACCUCAAGCAGAUCCACCUGCUCGAGGAGGAGAUGACGCGCGUCAAGCGGGACAAAGAGAUCCUCGUCAGCCGCCUCAUACGACAGACCAAGGCCAAACCGACAAAAUCUGACCUCAAGGAGAUGGCCAAGCACCUCAACGCCGACCAGCUGAGAGAUCUCGAGACCAUGUCGUCGCGCGUGUCCAGCAUUUCGCUUUCGUCGGAGGUCACGGGCGUCACAACAGGACCGGGUGGCAAGGAGAGCCGCCGCGCAACCAAGCUCAAGGAUGCGCAGGUCGAGCUGCUCGGGUGCGAGGAGCACCUGCGCGCCCUCGAGGUCAAGAUCGAGGACGAGCGCAACAACGUCAUGUACCGCGGGCUCGAGGAGCGCUUCCGCGCGAUGGAGGUCGUGUCCCAGAUGUGGCUCAGCCAAGCACGUCAGGGCCUCGAGGACCUCGAGAACCUCCCAGGGCGUUCAAACGGCGUCGCCAAUGCCAACAACUUUGAGCUCGAGUCCAACGGCUCUCUUGCGCCCUCCCAAUCUGCGUCACAGGUUGGCCAUGACGAGUCGGGCCAGUCGCUUGGUCCCGUGGCCAACCUCUCCCCGAGACGACAGAUGCAGCAGCGCCAGAUGCAGCCGAUGAUAGGCCACGGAAGCAUCACGUCGGUGCAGGAGGAGAACGAGGGCAGCUCAGACGACGAACACGGACAGGGCACGUUGGUCAUGCACGAAAACGUCCGCCGACCGGUAUCACAAGCGCAGCCCCCCGCACCCGCACUGCCGAUGAAGGACUUCAACCCACCUGACAGGCGACGAGCGACGUCCGAGCUCGGCCAGCCCUCGCGGUACAGUCGCCAACAGUCACCUCCGUUACGUCGCGCCAUAUCUAGCGAAGUGAUGCGCCCGCCAUACCGCGCUGGUUCAGCCUCGUCAUCGGAGCGUACUGUCACGAAGCGCAGGGGGUUCUUCGCAUCGAUAGCGAGGUUCUUCAAGGGCCCGAAGCACCACGAACAUCACAAUCGCCACGGGCGCCCCGCAUCAGGUGGUACCUGGGGCAAGGACUCGCGCGCCGCACCGCAGUACGGUAGACGCGUGCGCUCCGAUUCGAGCUCGGAGGACGAACCGGGCAACCUCGUCAGCGUAUCAAAUACGCUUAGAGGCACUGACAGCACCAGCUUCGCGGGCUGGAAUGCAGCCGACGUCGGCAAAGUGCCCGUGAAGCGGUCGCAGUCGUCAGCGUCGGCGAAGCGGGGGUCAGGCGUCACCACUCCGCGUGCCCGCCCAGCGUCGGCUGCGCCGCAUUCCACGCCCCGUGCAGCUGCGGCGUCAAAGCCCCGCCCAGCGUCGGCUGCGCCGCAUUCCACGCCCCGUGCGGCUGCGGCGUCAAAGCCCCGCCCGCGCCCUGCUUCGGCUGCGGGUCGGGCGCAGACCACGGCUCCGACUGUCGUGACCAUCACCCGGUCCAACACCGCCAAGUCGGCGCCAGACGCGAGCAAACGCGCUUCCACCAUGUCUACGCGUUCCCGCUCGUCGCACCCCGGACAGUCCCUCAUGUCCAUCGUCGAUGCCCAGCCUCCCGCAAUGCCCGACGUGCCGAAGGCACCGCAGUCGCAGCAGGGGCCGAUUCCGCUCGUUAGGGCGCCCGGCUCGUCCCUCGCGCCCGGCCUCGUUCUCCCCACACAGGUGAUGCAUCAGCCGCGGCAGAGUCUGCAACACCGCGUAGCGGACGACGAGCUCGGACCCAACGACUCAAUCUCCCGCGUCAACUCGACGAAGAAGAAGCCUGCGCGGGAUUCCAAGCCGUUACGGCGCAGCAAGUCCCUGACAGACAAGAAGGAUAAGACGGAGAAGAUCGGGGUGUCAGAGAAGCAGCCCAGACGGUCAAUCUCGCCCCUCCCGCCAUCCAAGCUGCGCUCGCCACCGCUGAAGAGCGCGCUUCGGCCGAGCUCUCCGUCGUCCUACCCCUCGCAGCCACUUGGUCCUGCGCCUCAGAUUACGACACUGUACGAUGUGCACGCGCCUGGUCCUGUGCAGCUUCCUCCUGACCCGGAGCCUGAGCCGGCACCAUCGGUCCACAGCGGCAAGAGAAGGCUCUCUGCAGAGGAGGUUUCGAUCUACGAGUCGGCGAACGAGGACGCGGCGACGCCGCGUGCAUCGAUGACACUGGACGACAGCAGCGAUGACGAGAGCGUAGACGCAUCUGCAUUCCAGAUCAUUAACAAUGAGCACAAGGCGCCCGAGGACAAGGCGGGCCCGAACGCUUCCCUCACGGCCCUCCCCGACGACGGGUUGCAGCGACGCAAGAGCGUGAGAUUAGAGGUGCCUGAAGAGAACGUCGCCGAGUACUACAAGGCCGAGGCGGCGCGUGAGGAGGAGGAGCGCCGUGUGGGGCACGAGCGCGAGAUGGAUUUGGAGCGCGCGCGGAUGUACAUGGCGGCGGCCAACGACUCGGACGACUCGCUCCCAACCCAGCGCAGCAGUAACUGGGACUCGCGGAUUGGGCGUGUGCGGGAUGACACGAGCGAGGAGGACGACGACGACCCGCGAUACGUCAAGGCGCGCCGGAGCCUGAUGUCGCAGACGGGCGACUUUAGCAAGAAGAAGAAGAAGCGCUUUAGCAGCAAGAGUAUGGGGAGUAAGCCGAGUGUGCGGGACGGCAAGAGCUGGCGCCCGUAA